AUGCCUGCUUCAGCCCCCGUCACACCACCCAGCAAACCACAAGCUGUCAAUCCUCACGAGGAUGAGAUCCCCAUCAGCUACGACAUCAACAUCCCCUAUGUCGAUGUCACCAAGGAAUCCACUUCACGCACCAGAUACCCCGAGUACCUCCCCACAUGGGACAAACAAGCGCAACCUGCUCACCCCGGUGUCAAAGUCUCGCACAUCCAACCCCAGAUCGGGAGUGUCGUGGAAGGCGUGCAGCUGAGCCAGCUCUCCGACGCCGCCAAGGAUGAACUGGCUCUGCUAGUCUCGGAGCGCAAGGUCGUCGCCUUCCCCGCGCAGGAUCUCAUUGACGCCGGCCCGGAAAAGCUGGAGCAGUUCAUGCGCCAUUUCGGGAAACCAAACUACCAGCCUGUCUCCGGGACGGUGCGCAAUCACCCCGGAUUCCAUAUCAUCCACCGCGACGGCAACCGCCAGGAAAUCGCGCGCUUCCUCGAGCAGCGCACCACCACCACCCUCUGGCAUCAGGACGUGAGCUAUGAAAUCCAGCCCCCAGGCUACGUCAUGCUGGGCCUGCUCGAGGGCCCUGAAGUAGGCGGCGACACCGUCUUUGCAGCCACAGACCUGGCAUACAAACGCCUCUCCCCAACAUUCACCUCCUUCCUCGACGGCCUACGAGCCGUCCACUCCUCCGCCAAAAUGAUCAACCACACCAGACUCACCGGCGGGCUCGUCCGGAAAGACCCAGUGGAUACCGUCCACCCGCUCGUGCGCGUCCACCCCGUCACCGGUGAGAAAUGCCUCUUCAUCAACGGCGAGUUCAUCACCCGCAUCCAGGGCCUCAAGGAGCCCGAGCAGCGCUACCUCAUCGACUUCCUCAUGCAGCACAUCAUGACCGGCCAUGACUUCCAGGCCCGCGUGCGCUGGCAGCCAAAGACGAUCGUCAUUUUUGAUAAUCGCUGCACUAUUCACUCCGCGAUAGUCGACUACCUCGAUGACGACUACGGCGCGAAACUCAGACAUAUCUUCCGGCUGUGUGCGCUGGGCGAAAAGCCAAUCCCUGUUUAUGAUCAGUUCGAAUAAGCGACAGACGCCUACUCUUGCUAAUCGCGUUCGCAAAAUAAAAUUGCAGGGGUUUAGUCCAUUUCCUUGUUUCGGGUUCUUGUUCCUUUCCCGGUUAUACAGAUACAGAUACAGAUACCUCGGUUCGGCUUGUGGAUUCGAUUCGGUUCUUAUAGACGGUGUGCGUGUCAGUUCUUGGUCGGGGUUCUUAGACUUGGUCUUUUUUUGUUUCAUUUUCAUUCUCAUUCAGGCCUGUGAUUUAGAUAGACUUGUUUGAUUUGCUGGUUUGUUGGUCUGUUUGGCGUUGCUUUAGCGUGUGAUGUUUGCGAGUGCCUUACUUUAUUUACCCUGUCGGUAGAUAAUCCUAAUGAACC